AUGCAGAGUAAAGCAUUUUCUUUUGUAUUAUCAAAUUCUAGAAGAAUCCCUGUGUUGUCCCAGGAACUGUCUGCUCUUUCCUUUGGGAAUUCUGAUUCUAUCGCUUGUGCAAGCUUUUGUAUAAAUGCCAUGUGCACCUGCAAACAGAAAAAUUAUUUAUUCAUGCAAGAAGAGCAGGAGAUGGGAAAUACGGAAUUGGGAGUGUCUGAGGGAGUGGACAGAAUUCUUUCUUCUGGAAGUAUGUGUGCGUAUAAAAAAGGAGUUAUUUUGGGGUAUUUUGACUCUUUAAGCAUUAAUAUGAGCAACCUCACUGGGAAAACAGUCAAACUUUCUCUUUCAGAGAUGGAGAGGGUGGACAGAAGUAUUUUUCAAGAGAUUUUCAAGAGGAAGAAUCUUCUUGAGUGGUGA